AUGGCGGGUUUCUCGUUCUCCUGCUGUUGCCUUCUUAUAAACCCACCAAUCCUCUUCACUCUUCCCUCCGAAUCACCUCUCUUUCUUCUUGGCUCCGGCAAAGAUUCGCCGGCGACGAGACGGAGAAGUAGAAAGCUUGUGGUAUCGAACGCGCACUCUAACCCGAAGAUUAUAAACCCGAAGAAGAAGUCUAGGUAUGGGCAGACGUUGUCUCCUUAUGACAGUGAUGAAGAGGAAGAGCUUGAUGAUGAGAGUGAUGAUGAUGAUGCCGACGACUGGUUACUCAACGAUGACUUCGCGGAGGUGACAGAGUAUGAAAAGAAGAAACCUAAGUCACAGAAGCAAACCAUUGCUAAGAAAGGUGGGAAGAAGGAGGUCGUGAAAAGUUGGGAGACUGAUGAAGAAGACUUAGAUACUGGCAUUACUCAAAAUGCCUCUGACAAGAAGAAGAAGAUAGAGAAGGAUUCUUGGCGUUUAGAUGGCAGAGGAAAGGUAAGCACGAGGAAACAUGUAGCGAAACUAUACCCUAGGCUCUCAGAAGAGAUAGAUAUAGAUCCUAAAUGGGUACCUCUCCUAGAUUACUUGAGCACAUUUGGUCUGAAAGAAUCACACUUUGUUCAAAUGUACGAGCGCCACAUGCCAUCUCUUCAGAUCAAUGUCUUGUCAGCGCAAGAGAGACUCGAUUACUUGUUGAGUGUCGGUGUUAAACACAGAGACAUCAAGAGGAUGCUGUUGAGACAACCACAGAUACUUCAAUACACGGUUGAGAACAAUCUCAAAGCUCACAUUUCCUUUCUGAUGGGACUUGGGAUCCCCAAUUCCAAAAUAGGACAGAUAGUUGCUGUAACUCCAUCUCUGUUCUCUUACAGUGUCGAGAACUCCCUGAGACCAACGAUAAGGUAUUUGAUCGAAGAAGUUGGGAUAAACGAAAACGAUGUUGGCAAAGUUGUGCAGCUUAGCCCUCAGAUUCUUGUUCAGCGGCUUGACAUAACGUGGAACACUCGUUACAUGUUCCUCUCCAAGGAGUUGGGAGCUCCUAGGGACAGUGUGGUGAAGAUGGUGAAGAGACAUCCGCAGAUUCUUCACUAUAGUAUUGAUGAUGGGUUCUUGCCUCGGAUCAAUUUUCUUAGAAGCAUUGGGAUGUGCAAUUCUGAUAUAUUGAAAGUCUUAACUAGCCUUACACAGGUUUUGUCUCUUUCACUGGAGGAUAAUCUAAAGCCAAAGUACAUGUAUUUGGUUAAUGAGCUGAAGAACGAGGUGCACAUUUUGACUAAAUAUCCAAUGUACCUGAGCUUGUCCUUGGACCAAAGGAUACGCCCACGCCACCGGUUCUUGGUUGAGUUAAAGAAAGUGCGGAAAGGUCCAUUCCCUCUUAGCUCACUGGUUCCAAACGAUGAGAGCUUUUGUCAACAAUGGGCGGGAACUAGUGUAGAUAAGUAUCUCGCUUUUCGUCAGAGACUGUUACUCAAGGAUUUUGCAAACAAGUAUGAAAAGAGAGGAUGA